GAAUCCCCUUCCCUUCGUCCUCCGAAACCCUAGCAGCCGCCGCGUGCGAAGGAGCGAACGACCACCUCCACCACCACCUCCCCCCGGCGGCGAUGGCGGACACCCUUAUUCUCCGCGGCACGAUGCGUGGCCACACCGACGUGGUGACAGCGAUCGCCACCCCGAUCGACAACUCCGACAUGAUCGUCUCCUCGUCCCGGGACAAGUCCGUCCUCGUGUGGAACCUCACCAAGGACGCCCCCCUCUCAUCCGAGGGUGCAGGCGCCUCCUCCUACGGCGUCCCCCGCCGCCGCCUCACUGGCCACUCCCACUUCGUGGAGGACGUGGUCCUCUCCUCCGACGGCCAGUUCGCCCUCUCCGGCUCCUGGGACAGCGAGCUCCGCCUCUGGGACCUCAACACCGGCGUCACGACCCGCCGCUUCGUCGGCCACACCAAGGACGUCCUCUCCGUCGCCUUCUCAGUCGACAACCGCCAGAUCGUCUCCGCCUCCCGCGACCGCACCAUCAAGCUCUGGAACACCCUCGGUGAGUGCAAGUACACCAUCCAGGACGCCGACGCUCACACCAACUGGGUUAGCUGCGUCCGCUUUAGCCCCAACGCCUACCAGCCUACCAUCGUCUCCGGCUCCUGGGACCGCACCGUCAAGGUCUGGAACCUCACCAACUGCAAGCUCCGCUGCACCCUCACCGGUCACGGCGGCUACGUCAACGCCGUUGCCGUCAGCCCCGACGGUUCCCUCUGCGCCAGCGGUGGGAAAGAUGGGAUCACCCUGCUCUGGGACCUCGCUGAGGGGAAGCGGCUUUACUCGCUUGACGCCGGGGCGAUCAUUUACGCGCUGUGCUUCAGUCCCAACAGGUACUGGCUUUGCGCUGCUACCCAGGACAGCGUCAAGAUCUGGGAUCUCGAGAGCAAGUCCAUUGUGCAGGAUCUCAAGCCCGAAACGCCCACCAGCAAGAACCAGAUGCUGUACUGUACAAGCCUGAGUUGGAGCGCUGAUGGAAGCACCCUGUUUACGGGUUACACAGAUGGUACCAUCAGAGUCUGGGAAGUUAGUCGCUAUUAGAGCUAAGGACCUAGCUACAAGUCUCUUUUCUGAACCAGUCUGUUAAUUUUUCCAAACGAACUUGUGGUAUCUAUUUCUCUUCUAGUUUUGAAUUUGCAAGGCACAUGUUUGGCGAUCAAAUAUUUUGCUAUUGGAUUUAAAAGUUAUUUCAUAGCUUUUCUACAAUAACCUUUGAAUGGAAGUAGAUUCUCAUCUUUGAUGUC